AUGAGUAAAUCUCUGGUGGCUGCAACCAGCGGGGCCGUGGCUGCGUGCGCAUCCACCCUUAUUGUUUUCCCGUUAGAUACGCUGCUAGUACAUCACCAGGCAGCAGCAACUAAGCAGCCAGCCAAGCUGCUACAGCAGCAGCAGCACCAGCACCGCAGCGCAUUGCAGGCCCUCAUUGACGUCUUGCAGGAGUUGUUGCAGCAGGAGGAUGCAGCAACAGCCACCCCUACCACUUACGCUUCUACCUACAGCAACAAAAGCAGCAACAGCAGCAACAGUAGCAACAGCGGCAGCACCUCCAAAGACAAAGCGGGACAACUUAUUAACCGGAUAAGCCGCCUAUACAGUGGUCUGGGCAUUAAGCUGGCCGAGCAAAUAAUUAGAAACUUUGUCUAUUUCUAUUUGUACCAAGCCUUGAAGAGCCGUGCGGCGAAGGCUGGGGGUCUCCGCAUCAGGGGAGGUACUUUGUUGCUGGCUGUCUUUGCUGCUUUGGGGACCCAGCUGCUGACGGCUCCUCUGGAUGUCAGCAGCACACAUGCCCAACUUUGUCGGCAGCCACUGCGCACUAUCUUCAUGCGAAUUCUGAAAACGGAAGGGCCUUUUGGUUUCUACCGAGGCUUCGGGGCAUCUCUCUGCCUGUGUUUGAAUCCUGCGAUCACAAAUGCUACCUUCGACAGCCUCAAGCUCUGGCUCCAAAUGGUCAAUCUCCUGCGAGCAAGGAGUGUCAUGGAUCCAAUUACAGAUGAAGAUAUUCCAGUUGAACGGAUAGGGGUGCUACUUCAAGCCCGCCUGCUGGAACGUUCUGCUAGCCUCCAUGACGACUUCAACGACUCGCAGCAACAGCAGCGUGCAUUGGUUUCUGGAGACACAGAUGUUCCUGCUGCCCCAAGCCGCAAGGGGGACCUUCCACUUGAUCCUCGGCAAGAAAGCCCCUCAAGCAUCAACGAGAUACAAAGAAAAGGCUCUAUAGAGCAGCACCUGCAACUGCAGCAGCAACAGCAUACCACAGUGCCACGGGCAGUGUCUGUGCAGUCCGCACUGGACAAGGAGAUUGAAGCACAACUGAUUGCUUCUGUUCCUGCCUCUGCGUGCCUCUGCGACGAUACUAUGCGAAAACCAGCGUCUUUCUGUCUCUCGGAGUGCAGUGAGGCCGGGGGCCUCUGCAUUUGCGGCAGCUCAGAAGAAGGGUCCCCGCCCCAUUCCGCUUAUCGAAGAAAUCCAAAGGCAAGAGACAUACCCCACCUUCUAGACGAGGAGGCUGAGGGUGGAGUCGUGGCUGUAUUGGUAUCCGCUUUAAUGCAAGAAGGCUUUGGGGGGCUUUACAGAGGGCUCGGGUUGCAGCUUUUGAAGACGAUUUUGGCCGCUUCUAUUCUUUUUCUCAUUAAGGAGAAAAUACAAAACCAAACGGCACAGACAUUUGCCCGCAUAGAGAGACUGUUCUUGAACAACCAAAAGUAA